GCUGUAGUAAAAGUUGACUAUUCCAUCUGCAUGCUUGUUUUACUGAAGAGCAGAAGAGUUGCGUCUUCCAUAUUCAGGCUAAGCCAAAAUGGGCAGUUCACAUAGCAAGUCUUACAAACUCACAGAGGAUAUACGAAAACCAGCCAUAGGGACCACCAGUUUGUCAGCAGAUGAGCCAUCAAGCCAUAAACACCAUCAUCAUGGUUUUGAUGCAGAGCGAGAUGCCAAGAAAAUACACAGUGCCUGCAAAGGAGCAGGAACUGAUGAAAAGAAAAUUAUUGAAGUCUUGUCAAGUCGAACAUCGGAGCAGAGACAACAAAUAAAACAGAAGUACAAGGCUCUGUAUAGCAAGGAGAUGGAAGAGGACCUGAAGGGAGACCUGAGUGGGAAUUUUGAAAAGGCUGUGCUGGCUUUGCUGGACCUGCCCUGCGAGUACGAGGCCCGAGAGCUCCGGAAGGCGAUGAAGGGCGCUGGGACGGAUGAGUCGCUGCUGAUUGAGAUUCUCUGCACACGAAACAACAAGGAAAUUGUAAACAUAAAAGAGGCCUACAAACGGCUGUUUGAUAGGGAUCUAGAGUCUGACGUUAAAAGUGACACAAGUGGCUCCUUUCAGAAGAUAUUAGUCAUGGUACUGGAGGCAACCCGAGAUGAGACUGAACAGGUCAAUGCAGAGCUCGCUGAGCAAGAUGCCUCAGAUCUGUAUAAAGCAGGAGAAGGCCGCUGGGGGACAGAAGAGCUGGCUUUCAAUGUGGUCCUAGCAAAGAGGAGCUAUAGUCAACUGAGAGCUACUUUUCAAGCCUAUGAAAAGGUGUGUGGGAAGGACAUAGAAGAAUCCAUUAAAAGUGAAACGUCUGGAGACUUGGAGAAGGCUUAUCUGACUCUUGUUAGCUGUGCCAAAGACUGCCCAGGUUACUUUGCCACACUUCUGCACAAGUCGAUGAAAGGAGCUGGGACUGAUGAAGAGACCUUGAUUCGCAUCCUUGUGACCAGGUCUGAGAGCGACCUGCCAGCAAUAAAGGAGAAGUUCCAGCAAAUGUACAAGAAGCCAUUAGCUGAAGCUGUCCGAUCCGAUACCUCUGGGGACUUCAGAAAGCUGCUCCUGGCAAUUUUGCACUAAAAAGCCACCAAGAAUGAAGAGGCAUGCUGAGCAGCCACCUCUUGAUUAGUUUCCAAAAUAGCAUCCAAAAAAUGUGGCAUUAGCACAAAGAAAAAAUCCAAUUUAUUUUCUUUCCAACUGGGAAAUGUGUUGCCAAGUAAUGUUGAACGUGAGGUUUAUGUUAUGGCUAUCUUGCCAAAUGUCCUUAAGCAAUAAAGACAUGUU